AUCAGACAAGUCUGCAAAAACGGGAGAACGGAGCCCGGGUACAGGGAAAGCGAGAUGAGGCGUCGUGUUUGCUUUGGUUGAAUCCAAGUAUAAAUUCUACCAGAUGCCGAUUGAGAAGAUCCUUCUCGCCUCUCCUCUUCAGAUGAAGAGGAGGACGACCGUGACAAACCCAGGCAAGACCCCACCGGCACAGGGUCAUCACCAGAUAUCGUCCAGGAGGAUGCUGCUAUUGGGAUGACCUUUGUGACCUCACCUUUGCCCUCCCCUGGAAAGAUCCACCACCAAUCAAGAACCCUGAACAACGGCCUACAUGGAUGUGGUUGGCUGGUUCCAGUGAUGGACAGGUGACCAGCCAGCCCUCUAGCCGCCCUCUUCUACUUUGACUCCCCUCCCCCUCCCUCCCAGAAGUGCAGCGUGCACCCCCGGUCGGAGACCCCCCACAUCUCUGCCAUGGUGACAUAAUCAGCAGCACAACAUGUGGGAGAUCCAACAUCAUGAGACCGUCUCAUUUCUAUCUCCAGUAGCUGCUGCUGAAGCUGCUGCUUCUCAAGCCUGUGGAUUACCGACUAGACCACUUGAACUAACAACACGGACUUUGGACUAAUUUACUUUUACUCUCCACCAAGUAGCCCUCGAGGGACUGUUUUCUGGGUGUUACGGUUGGACGGUCAGUCGGUCGGGCAUUGUGUGUGACGAUGCUGGGAUGCGUGUCCCGCCUGCGUCGGCUGGUCCGUCUCAUCCACCACCUCCCCCUCCAGACCUCCCUGCUCCUCCUCUUCCUCUUCUGCACCGUCAGCGUCUUCGUCUCCGCAUACUUCCUGUACGGCGUCAAACGGGAGCUCGAGCCCUCAGGAGGGGGCGUGGCUGGCAACGAGGGGGCGUCGGCCAUCUACGAUGACCUGCGGGCGAGCCCGUCUCGGCUGCUCCCGGUGCGGGCGGUGUCGGGGGGGCUUGCUGGGGGCGAGGGGGGCAGAGGAGGGGUGAGGACAAACCCCUUGGUGCUGGUGUUUGUAGAGAGCCAGUACUCUCAGCUGGGCCAGGAGAUAGUCGCCAUCCUGGAGUCUGGACGUUUCCACUACCGGACAGAGAUCUCUCCAGGUAAAGGGGACAUGCCCACAUUAACAGAUAAGGAGCGUGGGCGCUUCACGCUAGUCAUCUAUGAGAACAUUCUGAAAUAUGUAAACCUGGAUGCCUGGAACCGAGAGCUGCUGGACAAGUACUGUGUGGAGUAUGGAGUGGGCAUCAUCGGCUUCUUUAAGGCCAAUGAGAACAGCCUGCUGAGUGCCCAGCUCAAAGGAUUCCCCCUCUUCCUCCAUUCCAACCUGGGCCUGAAGGACUGCACGGUCAAUCCCAAGUCCCCCCUCCUCUUCAUCACACGCUCCGGCCAGCCCCUCCCCGGCCCCCUGCCCGGGGACGACUGGACCGUCUUCCAGUCCAACCACUCCACCUACGAGCCCGUGCUCCUGACCAAGACCCAGUCCGCCGAGAGUGUCCCCUCGCUCGGUACGACGGCCACGCUGCUCCCCUCCGUUGUGCAGGACCUGGGUCUCCACGACGGCAUCCAGAGGGUUCUGUUUGGGAACAACCUCAACUUCUGGCUGCACAAGCUGGUGUUUGUGGACGCGGUGGGCUUCCUGUCGGGGAAGAGGCUGUCUCUCUCCCUGGAGCGACACCUACUGGUCGAUAUAGAUGACAUCUUUGUGGGGAAGGAGGGGACCCGGAUGAAGGUGAAGGAUGUCAAGGCCCUGUUGGAGACCCAGAGAGCGCUGCGUAACAAUGUUCCCAACUUCACCUUCAACCUGGGCUUCUCAGGGAAGUUCUUCCAUGCAGGGUCAGAUGAGGAGGACCUGGGGGAUGACCUGCUCCUCUCCUACGUCAAUGAGUUCUGGUGGUUCCCCCACAUGUGGAGCCACAUGCAGCCCCACCUUUUCCACAACCAGUCAGUGCUAGCCGAACAGAUGCUUCUCAACAAGAGGUUCGCUAUGGAGCACGGUAUCCCCACGAACAUGGGCUAUGCGGUAGCCCCCCACCACUCGGGUGUGUACCCAGUUCACCUGCAGCUGUACGAUGCCUGGAAGAAGGUGUGGGGCAUCAAGGUGACCAGCACGGAGGAGUACCCCCACCUCAAACCUGCCCGCUUCAGACGGGGAUUCAUACACAGCGGUAUCAGCGUCUUGCCCAGACAGACGUGUGGUCUGUUCACACACACCAUAUUCUAUAAGGAGUACCCAGGCGGACCCAACGAGCUGGACAAACUCAUCAACGGAGGAGAGCUGUUCCUCACUGUCCUACUCAACCCGAUCAGUAUUUUCAUGACCCACCUGUCUAACUACGGUAACGACCGGCUGGGCCUUUACACCUUCAAAAGCCUGGUGGCCUUCCUGCAGACGUGGACCAAUCUGCGGCUACAGACCCUGCCUCCCGUCCAGCUGGCCCACAGAUACUAUAACCUCUUCCCUAACGAGAAAGACCCACUCUGGCAGGAUCCCUGCGAGGACAAAAGGCACAAGGACAUCUGGUCAAAGGAGAAAACGUGUGACCGCUUCCCCAAGCUGCUUGUCAUUGGGCCUCAGAAGACAGGUUCUACAGCCCUCUAUCUGUUCCUGGGCAUGCACCCUGACCUGACCAGUAACUACCCCAACAAGGAGACCUUUGAGGAGAUCCAGUUCUUCAAUGGACACAACUACCACAGAGGCAUCGACUGGUACAUGGAGUACUUCCCCCUGCCCUCCAACACCAGCUCAGACUACUACUUUGAGAAAAGUGCCAGCUACUUUGACUCCGAGGUGGCAGCGGAGCGGGCGGCCACCCUCCUGCCCAAGGCCAAGAUCAUCACCAUCCUCAUCAACCCAGCCGACCGCGCUUACUCCUGGUACCAGCACCAGCGUGCCCAUGAUGACCCGGUGGCUCUGAAGUACUCCUUCCAUGAUGUCAUCACGGCUACCCAUGAUUCCCCGGUAAAACUGCGUGUGCUCCAGAACCGCUGUCUGGUGCCAGGCUGGUACGCCAUCCACAUGGAGCGCUGGCUCAGCCACUACCACUCCAGCCAGGUCCUGGUUCUGGACGGGCAGCAGCUGAAGACUGAGCCGGCCUCAGUCAUGGACAGGAUCCAGAAGUUUCUGGGCCUGGUCAACACCGUCAACUACCACAAUAUCCUAGCGUUUGACCCCAAGAAAGGCUUCUGGUGUCAGCUGCUGGAGGGAGGGAAGACCAAGUGUCUGGGGAAGAGCAAGGGGCGUAGGUACCCUGACAUGGACCCGGAGUCCCAGUCGUUCCUCAGGGAGCACUACAGGGAUCACAACAUAGAGCUGUCUAAGCUGCUGUACAGAAUGGGCCAGCCCCUGCCCGGUUGGCUCCGAGAGCAACUGAUCCAUACCAGUUAGAAGUACCGGGAGGGGGGCAGCUCAGCGGACAGUACCACAGCUCAACCAUCCCCCUGACAGAAUACCAUAUGGAGGAGUAUGAUUCUAUCCCCUUAGAGGAUUAUUUUAAUCCUUUAAAGAAUCCAUAAGGGAUCAGUACUCACCCUUGACAAGGUUCAGAAGGGGUGUGUUUUCUGAUCACCUGUCAAAGUGAAGAUUAGGAUGCACGAGCCUCCUUCUCAGGGUGCCCUUCAUAAGAGGGAAGGGCAUGGAGAAAGGGAGAGCAGGGAUUGUGAUUUACGAGUUGGCAGUGAGUCUACAAUGGCCUGCCGCCUAGGUUCUCUCCCCUCACUCCCCAAGUUGCACCUCCCCAUGAUGCACCACCACCCUCACUUGGUACGGUCUAGGAACAGAGACCCCCCCCCCAACAGGACUGUACCACCUCUUACGGGGGUUUACCUGUGAUACAGACAGGAUGGGAUAGAGACGGGGGUGGUCAACAAUUAUCCGCUCUUCCUUUGACUAUCCCUUGCCUUACUCACAUGGACUCAGACCUUACUCUUGGGAGGAAGAGGAGGAUGAAGAGGAAGAGUGAGACUUGGCUAGCCUGUACAGUACCAGUCGUUUAAGGCUGGGCGGAAAUAAACAGUGUCAACUUGUGUCAGUCAACACUCUACUCCCAUAUACUGAAAGACACAACUAACUGCCAUUCUAGAAAUUGGAAGAUGAAUUAAUAAAGUAGAUGAUGAACCAAUAGGGCAGAUAUGACAAAUGAGUAGAGAUCAAUUAUCACUUGAAUUAAUAAAAAAUGAAUGGCAUUAGUUGGAAAUGCCUGUGGUCUAAAAACCAAGGGGGAUAUGUUGUGUAUUGACUGGUAGUCUUAUUCACUAGGCCUUUGUAGACACGAGACAUUAAUGCAUUUACCAGUGCCAGGACAGAAUCAGCACCACUACAUUGCAUGGCCUAUUGACAGUUCUUAUUUUUUUUAAAGAUAUUUUUUACCCCUUUUUUUGUUUAUUUUAACUUUGGAGACGCGUUAUUGUAGAAUUGACCAGAAAGACGUUUUGCUUACUCUCCCUUUCGGAUGGAGUUGAUUGCAAAGCACAGGGGGGUGCCAGGCUGCACAUGUUAAAAGCACAAUAUGCAAAGUGGUACAUCUCUUAAAAAGACUCUUUACAAAUUCACACAGGUUCUCAUUAACCCCUUUGAGCAAAAGACGUUGAAAAUAAGUAUUUCUGGUCGAAAAGAUGUUGAAGUGACGUAUUUUUAACGUCUUGUGCUCACUGGGACAGGUUGUCUGUGUGUGAAGUUGGACAUAGGCUAUGUUUAAAUGCUCUCAUGGAGAUAGAAAAUGAGAAAAGAAAACAAUAUUUUUUAUUGAGGAUGUCGUCAAAGCUGUGUAUAUUUUUGUCUCUUCUAUUUAAUUUGUUAUUAGCAGUUGUUCAUAGUAUUUCUGCGUUGCAUCAGGGAGGAUAUAAAAGAUGCACAUCUAACAUAGUCAAUAUGAGCCUAUACAGUUAAAGUCAAAUGUUUACAUACACCUUAGCCAAAUACAUUUAAACUCAGUUUUUCACAAUUCCUGACAUUUAAUCCCAGUAAAAAUGCCGUAUUUUAGGUCAGUUAGGAUCACCACUUUAUUUUAAGAGUGUGAAAUGUCAGAAUAAUAGUAGAGAGAAUUAUUUAUUUCAGCUUUUAUUUAUUUCAUCACAUACCCAGAGGGGUCAGAAGUUUAUAUACACUCAAUUAGUAUUUGGUAGCGUUGCCUUUAAAUUGUUUAACUUUGGUCAAAUGUUUCGGGUAGCCUUCCACAAGCUUCCCACAAUAAGUUGGGUGAAUUUCAGCCCAUUUUUCCUGACAGAGCUGGUGUAACUGUGUCAGGUUUGUAGGCCUCCUUGCUCGCACAUGCUUUUUCAGUUCUGCCCACAAAUGUUCUAUAGGAUUGAGGUCAGGGCUUCGUGAUGGCCACUCCAAUACCUUGACUUUGUUGUCCUUAAGCCAUUUUGCCACAACUUUGGAAGUAUGCUUGGGGUCAUUGUCCAUUUGGAAGACCCAUUUGUGACCAAGCUUUAACUUCCUGACUGAUGUCUUGAGAUGUUGCUUCAAUGUAUCCACAUAAUUGUCCUGCCUCAUGAUGCCAUCUAUUUUGUGAAGGGCACCAGUCCCUCCUGCAGCAAAGCACCCCCACAACAUGAUGCUGCCACCCCCGUGCUUCACGGUUGGGUUGGUGUUCUUUGGCUUGCAAGCCUCGCUCUUUUUCCCCCAAACAUAACGAUGGUCAUUAUGGCCAAACAGUUCUAUUUUUGUUUCAUCAGACCAGAGGACAUUUCUCCAAAAAGUAUGAUCUUUGUCCCCAAGUGCAGUUGCAAACUGUAGUCUGGCUUUUUUAUGGCGGUUUUUGAGCAGUGGCUUCUUCCUUGCUGCGCUGCCUUUCAGGUUAUGUCAAUAUAGGACUUGUUUUACUGUGGAUAUAUAUAGUUUUGCACCUGUUUCCUCCAGCAUCUUCACAAGGUCCUUUGCUGUUGUUCUGGGAUUGAUUUGCACAUUUUGCUUCAAAGUACGUUCAUCUCUAGGAGACAGAACGCGUCUCCUUCCUGAGCGUUAUGAUGGCUGCGUGGUCCCAUGGCGUUUAUAGUUUGUACAGGCGUCUAUUGUUUGUACAGAUGAAUGUGGCACCUUCAGGCAUUUGGAAAUUGCUCCUAAGGAUGAACCAGACUUGUGGAGUUCUACCAUUUUUUUUCUGAGGUCUUGGCUGAUUUCUUUGUAUUUUCCCAUGAUGUCAAGCAAAGAGGUAGGCCUUGAAAUACAUCCACAGGUACACCUCCAAUUGACUUAGAUUGG